AUGGCCGUUGACUCCAGAGACCCAGACGGUGACUCCGAGAUGGCUUCCUCCGUCGAUUCGGCCUCCGACAUCGCCAACAAUGGCGCGCGCACCCCAACUUACAAUCCACAAGCUUCGUCCGUCCCUGCAUCGGAGCUCUCCCCGCCCGGCUCACAACCUUCAAAAGUCCUCAGUGUUGCGGAAAUGAACAGCUCAAAGACCAUCGAGCCCUUGACAGGCAACGGGCUUUCUACUGCGGCAAACCAAGAUGUCGGGGCGUGGAACAGUAAGCGUUCGAGGGAGGAAUAUGCGCGAGCAAUGGAACAUGUAGUUGACAAGGACUUCAACCUGGACAAAUUUGGUGAUCCCUUCGAUGAGCGGGACAUGCACGAACCACUUCGGUGA